AUGCAAACAAAUACUUCGGAUGUCCAAAACUUAGAACAAGAUAUUGUAUUUGCGUUGUGUAAAGGUUUUAUGCUUGUCAACCAGAUGCAAGGAUCAAUCAAUGAUUUUGAUGAAGUGCUAGUGUUUGCAAGGGACUUGUUUUGUAGAAAUGAUCCGAGUCUUUGUAAUUUAUGGCCAAAAAAUUGGAAGGAAACCGAGAAGCUGUUUAAAAAAUGGGACUAUAAGGAGCCAAGAAUGUACAUUAUCUGUCUUGAUGAUAGUCACCCAUGUCACUGGGAUGUGAUGGAAUCUGCAAGUAUCAGAGAGAGAUGGGAUUUACACAAUACAGUNGAAGAUUGUGGUGAAAAGAGCGAGUACCAACCUCAAUUUGCCAGAGGAGAACCACGCAAUAUUGGACUAAUAGGACAUUGGGACGGUUGGCAGCCAUUUGGUUCCCCAGGCAAGCAUAGUUGUGGGGCAAUUGAAGUUUCAAUAGCAAAUAUGAACAAGCAAGACAGAAGUGCAAUUGAGGAGGUGUAUGUKAUUGGAUUUGUUCCAAAUUACUUGUUACCAAAAAAGCGACCAUGUWCCCUUGAUCCAUUUCUACAUCCACUCAUCUCAGACAUUGAAAGCAUUUUUAUAAAUGGUUAUCGUGUUGAUUAUGUUGGAGACUUUCCCGAGAUAAACAUAAGACCUGGAAACAUUGUUGUUCGUGUUUUACUGCUAUUGUGGACAGGGGACUAUGUUGCACAAUGUGAAAUUGGCAAGUUUAUUAAAUGUGGGAUAAAAGCUUGCAGAAGGGAUAAACUCACAGGAACUAUCAAUCCAAAUGGUGGGACAAAUUACUAUUAUGGACAAAAUCGCUUCCAUGCUAGAUUUCAUUGGGAAGAACGAAAGAUUUCAGAAGAGCUUAAACAGAUGCAAGAAAUUUCUGAGGAAGAUAGGCCUUCUAUCCGUAAAAGACUAAGCAGAGAAUCUGGUUACACUGGUUUAAGUAUACUUCAUAGACUUCACAAACUCUAUGGAUUUGAUGUGCUAAAAGAUACAGUGUUUGAUGUCAUGCAUAAUCUUCCUUUGAAUAUUGUCAAAGACCAACUAAUGAAAUUAAUUACUGAUGAAAAGUUUGAUGUGAUAGAAGCUGAUGAAAGGUUGUCGAAAUUUCCUUGGACAUGUGAGUUGAAGAAUGGAAGAAUUCCAUUGGGAUUGACCUCAAGGGUUGCUCAUUGGAAAAGUGAAGAGUGGCAGAAGUUUGCAUACCCUGCUUCUGAGUUGAUUUUGGCUGGCUUACUUCCACCUGCAGAUUAUCAUUUGUGGCAGCUUGCAGUAAGAAUGACACAGCUCAUAUUCAACCAUCGCAGUCAGUGGUCACAUGAAGAUGUAUUGUUGUUCAGUAAUUUGGCAAAUCGGUAUAUCAUUCUCAAUGAAGAGCAGCAAGGAAUCACUGCUUGCAGAAUUACUGUCCAUAAUCUCCAGCACAUUUCAGAAGAUGCCCUCCGGUUUUCACACCCUGACAACUAUUGGUGUUUUCCAUUUGAAAGGGCAGUCCAACGAUAUGUGAGUACUUCAAGCAACUUUAAGAACAUAGAAUGUUCAUUUGCUAAACGGGAAUCCUAUAGGGAACUGAUGAAAUUAGUUAGUGCAAAAACAGAACAACAAAGGCAAGUUCCUCAUGUCAAAUUUGACCWCCAAAAGAUGAGUGCAAGCUCUUUAGAAGCUGCAAAACAUAUUCAACUGUUAUGUCAUAGUAACACAGAAUAUGCUGAAAGCUUUCAAAGUGGUGUUUUAAUUGGUGGAAUGUUAUCAAAUGAUGUACUGCUAUCAGAAGAAGAAAUGGACUUGAUAAAACAUUCAUUAAGUCCUUCCUUGUCUGUGCCAGAGCUGGGCUUUCGCUACCGUGCAUUCUGGAAGCCAAUGCCUUCUCCAAAUGGUAUGCUUUUCAGAAAAAAUGAAUGUGUGAUUUUGAAAGAUGAUGAUGGUAGUGAUGAUGAGGUUGUGUGCCAAGUAGAGUACUAUCUUUGUGUUCAAGUUGAUAAUUCYUUUGUUAAAUUUGUAAAAGUCUCCGCUUAUUCUGCUGAACUGGAUGAAGAAUCAAAUACUUUGUAUGAUCCUUACAGUGGAGGCAUGUUUAUUGACACUACCAAUGUGAAAACUUUGCUUGCUCCAGCUACUUCAAUUGAUAGAAAGGUUAUCUUGUAUAAUUGUAAUGAUGAUGCACACCCAAACAGAGGCAUUGUAGUUGACUUUCAAAGGGAAGUUAUGGCAAUUACAUAUUCUGAUAUUCAAGUUCCUUUCUAUCCAAAAUGUGAGGACAUGGUGUUGAUUAAAGGAGAUGGGCCUGAUCCUUGGCUGGCAAAGGUAUUAAGUAUUCAAGAAAAUAGGAAAACAGCCAAAGUCUGGUACUACAGGGAGCAUUUACAUCGACAACACUUAUAUGUCCCUUAUCCUAACCAAAGACAAGCCCAAGAUUUUGUUCAUUGGGAUUCAAUUUUAUGUCUUGCACCAGGUGAAAAUAGAGGGAGCUUUUAUGAAAUGCACUUGUGAAAGGUAUCCCUGUUGUUGCAAUUCAUGUGUAUAAAAAUAAAAUUUUAUUCAGUAUUUUCUCAAAAUUUAUGAAAUGUUAUGUCACAUUAAUUUGAAAUGUGUUUGAGAGUAUUGUAAAUCAUUUUAGUAUAGUUUACAACAUGAG